AUGGACCACGCGGAUGAGUACCUGUCAGAGAUCAAGACCUUUCCGAAGGAGGACUUCCAGACGUUUUCACCCAGGAGGCUGCGGAAAAUCGCCAAGCUUGCUGACCUAUUUGCACUUGAUACUCGGGAUCUCGCUCGACUCGGGAUAGCCCACGUGAAUUUUAGUGUGAACCUCGACUUGUCGUUCCAAAUGCACUUCGAGACGACACCCAACACUAUGGACAUGAAGAUUUCCAAGGAGGUCAUCAAGUGGAUUGACUGUACGAGAGGAAAAGGAAAACCUCCAAACGCCGAACAGUCACCUGGGAAUAUCGAUCCCGGACAACCGUUCAAAGUCAUUUCGAUGGACUUCGUGACACACAUGCUCAAAUCUGAUCGAGGGAACACGUCCCUAUUCAUAUUUCAAGAUAUGGUUUCCGGGUAUAAACCUAUUGAUUCGACAAUGGCUCAGGAUGUCGCGGAAGCUUGUGAGGAACGUGUCUUUCGGAACGUUGGAGCGAGUUCGAUGAUCCGACAUGAUCAGGGUCCCCGCUUUAUGAGUGAGGUAUUUACUCGUUUUAGAGAACUUUUAAAUAGUCGCCAGAGCCCCACGUUGGAAUAUCGACCUCAAGCAAACCGGCAACAAGAACGAUCUGUCCGAACGGUUGUCAAGAGUAUUCGCGCCUACAUUGAACAGCCAGGCCAAACCAACUGGGACGACCAUGCGAAAAGAUUGAUAUUCGCUCUGAACACUUCGUUUGACGCGACAAGUUUGGAUACACGGGUCUACCUGAUACACGGUUGGGACCCACAAAGCACUCUGAAAGCGAUGUUAGGCUCAACGCCAUCGAGUGUACCGGAACAUACGGCUUACGAAUGGAGACGCAAGGUUCAGAGAAACUACGGUUAUGCGAAAACCUUUACCGAAGCCUUACAUAACGAAGCUCGACGACAUCGUUCUGAUAUCCAAACGCGAAGGUGGAAAUAA